AUGUUUGCUCCACAGAAGCAGGCAGGAUGGCUUGGGUUUUAUGGAACUAUAGCUGGGGCAAUAACAGUCAUCACUACAGCAAGAUUUGCCGAUCACUUCCAGAGACGUUUGAAGACAUUUAUCUUUUUGCUGAUGAUCCUCACCACAGCGUCAUAUCUGUGGUUGGUGUUGCUCAUACUGGAGAUUUUACCAGAGUCAAAGGGUUCUAUGUAUGCAUCUUACAUCCUCACCUGUGUGAGCAGCGGGUCCCUCAGUCCGUUGUUUUAUGAACUUGUUUGCGAGACGACGUACCCAGUAGCAGAGGGCAUCACUAACGUCAGUCUCACCUCCAUGAACAAUCUUGCCGGUCUGGUGUUCCUGGGAGUCAUGUCAGUGCCUGGGAUAGGCACUGCCUGGAUGAACUGGUUCCUGGUGUCAACCUUCUGUCUGUCCAUAUUCCUACUGGUGUUCCUGCCCGAGGGACACAACCGCCUGGACACUGACCAACAGGAAGAGAGCAACACGCAGGACAUGGACAAGUGUUGA